AUGUUCCGUCACGCCCAUGUCGAUCGGCAGGCCCACGUCGCCAUAGGUGCCGUUCCAGUCGAAGCGCAACGUGCGGAUUGGGAUGCUCCCACGCUGCUCGUAGCCCAGGUAGCUCAGGGCAUCGACAGUGAUUGCCCAGGUGCCGUUUGCCAGCCGCGGGCCGCACAGGAUUUUGACGCCCGACGGCGACCCGUCCGAUGUGGCGAAGACGUCGAACCGCCGGUCCGGCGAGCCCUCGGUAGCAACGCGGUAGCCCGUCAUGCGCUGAGCGUAGUACUGGUACACGCGCCACUCGCCGUUGGGCCAGUAGCCGCCCUGUGUGUAGUUGUACUGGGCGGUGUUGGCGCCCGGCUUUCCGAGGAGGUUGGCAAGGAAGUCGUGCAGCUGGAAGCCGUCGGCCCAGUUGCCGCGGAGGCCGGGAAUGUUGAGACGCUCAAGACGGGAGAUAUACCACGCGACUCCAGCGGGCUGCUGUUCGUCAAUCACGCCGUACUCGUUGAUGCAGAAGGGCGUGGGCGGGAUGUUGUGCUGCUGGAGCAUUGA